UUGUGUUUGUGCGUCUCUGGUGUCUUUCACUCCGACGCGGGCUGUUUUCCUUGGGACUCUGACUGAAGAUGUAAAAAGAAAAAGGGGAAAAAGUGUCUGUGUUAUCAACCUUGUCUUCAAGCAAUAGAAACUUUGUUUAGCUGUUUUAGCUGAAAUUAAACCGAAGCGGAUCGUCGUGAAGUCGUUUUGCGUUCAUUUGGUGUGAAGAGGAGAACUCCGCGUUCAUCUGAACUCAGGGCCAUGUCACCAUUCAGCUGGACUCUCUCUGCUGUUCUUCACAGUUACUACCAAACAUGAAGGACUGAAGUCUGAGGACACGGUGCCCCCUGCUGGACUAGUGCUGCAGAUGGAGGCCAUGGCUGAGCCCAGCUACUCUGAUCUGAUUGCCAAACACUACAAUUACACCGGCAAGUUCCGGAAGACGGAGCAGGACUCAGGUCUGAAGGCUGAUUCUGUGAUCUUCAUCAUUGUGUGCUGCUUCAUCAUCCUAGAGAACAUCCUGGUCCUGACUACAAUCUGGAGGACCAAGAAGUUCCACAAGCCCAUGUAUUACUUCAUUGGGAACCUCGCACUGUCUGAUCUUCUGGCUGGUGUCGUCUACACUGCCAACAUCCUACUGUCAGGUGCCAAUACCUACAAGUUGACACCCACCCAGUGGUUCUUCAGGGAAGGCAGCAUGUUUGUGGCGCUGGCGGCCUCUGUCUUCAGCCUACUUGCCAUUGCCAUUGAGCGCCACCUCACCAUGCUGAAGAUGAAGCUGCACAACAAUGGGAACACCUUCCGCGUCUUUCUACUCAUCAGCACUGUGUGGAUGAUCGCAGCCAUUCUAGGCGGUCUGCCGGUGAUGGGCUGGAACUGCAUCCAGAGUAUGACACAGUGCUCCACCGUGCUACCACUCUACCACAAAGCCUACAUCCUGUUCUGCACCACUGUCUUCAGUAUCAUUCUUAUGGCCAUUGUGGUGCUCUAUGCCAGGAUCUAUGCAUUGGUGCGCACUCGUAGCCGCAAACUGGUCUUCCGCAAAGUGUCCAAUGGUCGCAGCAAUGCCAGUGCAAACAGUAAGAGUUCAGAGAAGUCAAUGGCACUCCUGAAGACAGUCAUCAUCGUUCUCAGCUGCUUCAUUGCCUGCUGGGCACCACUCUUUAUCCUCCUGCUGCUAGAUGUGGCCUGUGAGACGCUAAGCUGCCCAAUCCUCUACAAGGCAGAGUGGUUCCUGGCACUUGCAGUCCUGAACUCUGCCAUGAACCCACUCAUCUACACGCUGACCAGCAACGAGAUGCGGCGUGCAUUCCUAAAGACACUGUUGUGCUGUACUGCCUUCAUUCGACCACGCACCAAGCUCACAGGACCAAUAAUGGGGGCGGAGUUUAGCCGCAGCAAGUCUGAUAACUCCUCUCAUCCCAACAAGGAGGAAGUGGAGUACUCACCGAGGGAGACAACCGUAGUGUCCUCGGGGAAUGUCACCUCAUCAUCUUAAACAUGCAGGACAAACAAGCAGAUGUACAGGGUCAGAUGAGGAGUACGUGUUUGUACACAAAAUACAUGUGAACUCUGCCAUGUAGCCAAGUCACGAAACCUCCAGCUGACCAGGACUCACAGACUUUCAAACUGAUUGGAAAGUAAAAGAGGUCCAGACACUGUUUGUAGUUCCAAACCGUCAUGUCGCAGCACCUACUGGAGAGUCAGUGGCUGUAACUCCCGUAGGCUGGGAUGGAUUGUGUUUCAUCUCAUCUGCUUAAUGUGGAUCAUUGUGGUCCUGCGUCAUUCAAGACCUGGUCAGAACAUAAAGUGCUUCUUCAGAUUUUAUACAGAUAUCCAAACAUGCUGAUACACAGCAUUUCUCUGCAAAAUACACUUUACCAGACAGUCAAAGCAUGAUAAAAUAGUGACUUAUUGAUGUGUUUUGAUGCAUCAAGGUUAAUUUUACUGAAUAACACUUACGACAUACAUAGAAAGUGAUCCACAUAGAGGAAUCAGACUUUAUACUCACCCUCUAAGAACAACUAGAACAUGUAGCACUUACUAUCAGAUGUUUAAAAUAUGAAAAUGAAUUAAAGAAAACUGUCCUCUAUCCCCUUUUACCUUCCCAUACAGGGACGCACUUAUGAAUGCAGAGCUCAGCUGCUUUAAACAACAGUUCAUUUUUCUUUAAUCGUCAUGAAUAAAUCUUUUACCAAUGCUUUAUUAUUGUUCUACAUAUGAAGUCUACUCUGCUCAAAAAGAAAAAUAAUAUUGAGGCAAACUUUACUUACCUAUUAAAAAAAUCACAUAAGUCAUGAUUAUAAAUAAAAUCAGUUUGUUAUUUAAACAAACUAUUUUUAACCCCAAUUUUCAAUUAAACUGUAAUUGUAUUUUCCUGUUAAUCAUAAGUAACUUGCCUUCCAUGUAUUUUAAAUUAAAUUUUAAAAACCUCAAUAAGGUGGAAAUGUUCAGAUAAAGGGUCAAAUAUAAUUCAUUUGUCAACUCUUUGUAUUUAUUUACUUUUUUUAAAAAAACAUUUUGAUCAUUUUUGAUCUUGUCAAAUUUUCUUUUCCCAAAAUGAUGCGAUUCUGUCAGAAUUUUGUUUCUAUUUUUAGAAUUUUGCUUAAUUUUAAUAUUGUUAUGGAAAUGAAAUGGUCUUAAAACCACAAUAGAGCCUUACCAAAAGUGGCUUGAAAAAUAAAUAACUAAAUAAACAAAUAAUCAAAUAAAGAAGUCAGAAGUCCAAAUUUGUUCAAUCUAUAAUAACAAUAAUAAGAAAUAAUAAAGACAAAGCACAGAAACGUUAAACGUUUUUUGUCUUGUUUUGUCUUGGUCAUCAUAAAAAAUGUUUCUUUAAACCAUCACCAAUAUUGUUAUUUAGACUAUUGAGUUUAUUGUAGUAUAAAACAAACAAAACAUUUGGAACGUUAAAUAUUUGACAAAAUAUUGAUAUAAAAAAUUAUAUUCAAAAUACUAGCCUCAUCUAAAACCCUUCAAUAAACACUAUCUAUUAAAAAAACCCAAAUAAGAUAAAAAACUAUUUUUUGUCCAAGAAGCAACUGAACUCUGAAUUCAUGAAUGUUUUUGAUGUGACAAGAAUUAACUGUGCAAAAGUUGUAGAAAAGUUUGGGUCAGAAUGUAUUUUCUGCUUUCCGUCAGUGUUCCCAUUGUUAUUAGUAGUGAUGUCAGUGUAUUUUAAUUAUUUUAAAGCUGAAAGGAAAAAAUGUAAUUUCCACAUUUCCUGUAAAUUUGUUAAUUUGGUAACUAUCUUCAAAAGAACAAAUAAUCUUAUUGAAAGCUAUGAGUAGGAUGCAAACUGGUCUCUGUGAUGAGACGAUUUUUGCAAUUUUAGGAUUUUUCUUUUAAAUUUGCUGCUGAAAUGCUUACAGAGAAAUGUGCCAUUUUUAUCGUAAUGAUUGUGUUUAGUCAUUGACAGGAAAGGGCGUUCAUGCCAGUUGUUCUCUGUUACCAAGAUCAACGGUCCCUUUCAACUUCUCUCAUCCUUUAUCAGGAGCAGAUCAAUUAAUUAAUUAAUUAAAUUGUGUGUUAUCAAGAACAUUGACACAGUCCAAGCUGACCUGUGCAUUCUUUAACUCCCAAAUGUUCGGUUGAUGGGUUUUUUUUGUUUUGUUUUGUUUUGUUUUGUUUUUUAGCAAUUAAUAAAGACAGAAAUAGAAA